AUCAUUGUCUUAUUAAUUCAUACAAAGAAGUAGCAAAUAACCUUCGAAUAUAAUUAGCUUCUAUCAUAUUCAAAUCUAAAAAUGUCAACCAACAUUGAUAUCCAAGAGUCAAGCAAAGAUACCAAAGGAAAAGCUGUUUUAGUUACAGCCCCUGCAAGGCCAGGAGGAUGGAAAAAGGGCAUAGCAAUAAUGGAUUUCAUUCUAAGGUUAGGCGCCGUAGCAUCUGCUCUCGGCGCUGCUGCCACGAUGGGAAUGAGUGAUCAGACUCUCCCUUUCUUCACCCAGUUCUUUCAGUUUGAAGCUAGCUAUGAUAGCUUUACUGCCUUUCAGUUUUUUGUUAUUACAAUGGCUAUAGUGGCCGGCUAUUUGGUCUUGUCUCUACCCUUCUCUAUAGUAGCCAUUAUUCGCCCCCAUGCAACUGGACCAAGGCUUUUCCUCGUCAUCCUAGACACCGUAUUUCUUACUCUAGCUACUGCUAGUGCUGCUUCAGCUGCAGCUAUAGUUUACUUGGCACACAAUGGUAAUCAAGACACAAACUGGCUUGCAAUUUGUAACCAAUUUGGAGAUUUCUGUGCACAAACAAGUGGAGCAGUUGUGUCAUCAUUUAUUACUGUGGUUGUUCUAGUUCUGUUGAUCGUGAUGUCUGCUUUGGCUAUUGGGAAGCAUUGAAAAAUUAAGAUUUAAUUAUGAGAUAUCUUGAAUUACCUAUGUUAAUUUUGUGCAUGUUUGUUCUAUUUCAUAAAUCUCUUCAUUAGUUUGUGAGGCUUUAUAGUCAUCAUGUGACAAAGUGAUUAUUACAUGUAUCAAUUUCGUUAGAUGUUGUGAUGGAAUAUUUUGUACAAGAUUUGUGAUUUAUAAACGUUUGUAUCAAUGUAUUUAAUUUUGGUUUAA